AAAGUAACAUAUCAAACAGUUAAAAGAAGAAACUAAACAUGUCUCCUUCAUUGCCUACUAUACUUCUCGUCUCUCUCUUUCUUUUCUGCCAAAUAUUUUCUUCAAUUGCCCAAGUCGCAGUUGACAAAACCUUCAGAUACGUCAAUGAAGGCCAAUUUGGACCUUCUAAUAUCGAAUACGGAGCAAAUUACCGUGGUAUUUUUGACAUUUACACGUAUCCAUUCUUGUUGUGUUUUUACAACACUACCCCUAAUGCCUGGACACUAGCUAUGCGCAUGGGCAGCGUCCCUGCUAAUUCUAUCAUGCGCUGGGUAUGGGAAGCUAAUAGGGGUAAUCCUGUCAAAGAAAACGCAACCUUCGCUUUAGGAGCAGAUGGAAAUCUUGUGUUGGCAGAUGCUGAUGGCCGAAUUGCUUGGCAAACGCACACAGCCAAUAAGGGUGUCACUGGUUACAAGAUAUUACCAAAUGGCAACUUUGUCCUUCAUAACUCAAAGGGAAAAUUCAUUUGGCAGAGUUUCGAUUAUCCCACCGACACGCUAUUGGUGGGCCAAUCGCUCCGCUUGUCAGGCCCGAAUAAGCUCGUGAGCCGGGCCUCAGUGAAAAAGAACGCAAACGGGCCUUACAGCUUGGAAGUGAAACCGAAAAUAUUCGGUAUCUAUAACAGAACCAAACUUGCCGUGGAAUUAGCUUGGUUUGAUCUCAGAAAUAGCAGCUUAGAAUCAGUAAAAUUGAACAGCGGAAAUCAAAGGUUGAAGUUGGACUACAGAUUGGCCAAAUCAAAAACGAGAAGUUCUCAUGUUAUGGCCUUUACGAAAUAUAACACCACUUUGUCAUACCUUCGGCUAGGAAUAGAUGGAAAUCUCAAGGCCUACACUUUCACCGGCGACGAACAAGACGAUAAAUACUUUUGGCAUGAAACUUAUAAAAGGAUUUAAGAAAACGCCUUUUCAUAUUCGAAUUAAACAUAGCUCCCUUUAAGAUAAGCAUUUCAUGUCCAGUACAAUAAGUGGAUAAAACGAGUGGUUCCGCAGCUGGUCCAAUAGAUUAGGAAUUCCUAUAUAGAGCUAGAAUUUUAUUUCCUUUCUUUUACUUUUUUUUUGGUUGAGGGUUGUAUUUUGUUAUGAUUUCUAUUUUAUUUUUUUCGAUUGAAGGGUGUAUUUUAUUAUGUUUUCUAUUUAAGAUGCUUUGUCAACUGUGAGA